AUGGCUUCUCAAGGAGGAGCCAUCAGUCGGGUUCUGUGCACUUCAAAUCAGCUUAAUGUCAAAUGGAUGGAAUGCAGUUGUAAUAGGUGUGUCAAUAACCAAAUUCACGAGGUUGAUUCUGGCCCCAAAGACACUGCUCCAAAUGUGAAUAGUGGUAAACAAUCAGGAUUUAAGAAAGUAAAUAUGGAUUUACUUUGA